CUUCAGAAGCAGCUAGUAUGCUGGAUUAGCUUGAGCAAACCUCUCUACCGUACCAUUGUUUUGUCGUUGCCACCGCUUGUUUUUACUUCAACAAAUAGCUCUCAGUGAUGGAGGACACGGAACAGACCACAGACAGCACGGACCGCUCCGACCUGGUCUCCGAGGACGGUAAGAACAGCAAGUCGGUGCUGUGUCAGCGCUGCGGAUCCAAAGUGCUGUGCCCGGGGAUGGCUGUGUUUGCAGAGAAAGAGCUGUUCCUCCCCUCAAUGCGGAAAAAGAGUGGCCUCAGUACCACAGAGGGCUCAGUGGACGGGGACACUCUCACCACCCACUGGUUAGUGGACGACAUGUACACUUUUGAGAACGUGGGCUUCACUAACGACGUGGGGAGAAUUAAGUAUCUCAUCUGUGCGGAUUGUGAGAUUGGACCAAUUGGCUGGCACUGUUUGGAUGACAAGAAAAGUUACUACGUCGCUGUGGAAAGGGUGAAUCAUGUGUAGUGCAAAGGCUGAUAUGAUACCACAAGAACUUUUUGUUGUUUUUAAAUGUGUUGGCAGGCUAUGCAACUUUUCGUGGAUUUACACUCGACUCCGGGCAACAUAACACAUCACACACACUCACACAGCGACAACAAUGUGACCAUUCUGCUCUAAUAAAAUGAUUUUUUUGGGAAGGUG